AUGGCAGCACCGCCAUCAUCCAUGCCAAUCACCAGCGUUCAAUCGACCACCACCACCACCAACAACAACAACGACAACCAACCAAACCCAGUCGCCACCUCCGCUCUCCGCUCUUUUCUCUACCGCAUAUCCUCCUCCCUCCGCCAAUCCUUCUCCCAACGCCGCCCAUGGUCGGAACUCGUCGAUCGCUCCACCUUCGCUCGCCCGGAAUCCUUCUCCGAAGCCACCUCACGCAUCCGCAAAAACUUCGGUUACUUCCGUGUGAACUACUCCGCCCUUCUCGCCUUUGCCAUCGCCCUUUCUCUCCUCACCCACCCUUUCUCUCUCCUGGUCCUCCUCUGCCUCCUCGCCGCCUGGAUAUUCCUCUACCUUUUCCGGCCCACCGAUCAACCACUCGUUCUCUUAGGGCGCACAUUCUCCGACCGUGAAAUCCUAGUGCUGUUGGUCCUUUCCACGAUUAUUGUUGUUUUCUUAACGAACGUAGGUUCGCUCAUGAUCUCCGCCCUUUUGAUUGGAUUAUUAUUCCUCUGCGUCCAUGGAGCGUUUAAGGUUCCUGAAGAUCUCUUCCUGGAUGAUCAAGAACCUGCUAAUGCCGGAUUUCUAUCGUUCCUCGGCGGAGCCGCUUCAUCUGCUGCGAUUGCGGCUGCUCCCGCCAUCCCACGCGUUUGAUGAUCGCGCAAGGUGAUUUUUCACACCCAUUCCCCGUAGAAUAUUUGUUACCAAGGGAAAAGAAUACCCCAUUUAUUGAAUUUAGUUGUGUUAGGCAGCAGGUGCAAUCUGGCUAUGAUUUUGUUUCUCUGCAGAAAUCUUUUAAUUAGGGUUCUUUUACCUACAUUGAUUGAUUGAUUUCUAAUCCUUGGCUUCAAUAUUAAAUCACUAUCUGGCUGCAAUUUUAUAUGCUGCUCCCAUGGUUGCACUUCUUGUUACUCAAUCAAUUCGACUUCUGUUGUAACUUAAUUAACGAUUGGUAUUAAGCAUAUUUAACACUUGAUUUCUAAUGGGUUGAUUGGAAUUUGAGAUAGAAUUGAAUAGAAGAGGACAACUAGUA